AUACAACCAAAUUGACGGUUUUUUUUCUCCCCAACCCCUCCUGCUCUCACAAUUUCAGUCCACUUUUCCCGUAUGACAUACGCCCACUCCGUCCAAUUACUCUCAAUGGCUCUCUCUUUUCUCAGCCCUAUUCCACUCUACGCUUCUUAUCUCCGUCUCUGUUUCACCAACGCCGGCCUCUCACGGCAAGCCCUCGACAUUGACAAUGAAACCACCCUCCACUUCUGGAGCCCCCAUCAAACCUCCACUCAUAAACCAUCUCUCGUCUUCAUCCACGGAUUCGGUCCAGUCUCUCUCUGGCAAUGGCGCCGCCAGGUUCAGUUCUUCUCACCCCAUUUCAACCUCUACGUCCCUGAUUUAGUCUUCUUCGGUGAAUCAACAACAAAGUCAUCGGAGAGAUCAGAGAUUUUCCAGGCAAAGUCCGUAGCGAGUUUGCUUGAAAAGUUGGGGGUGGAGAAAUAUUCUGUUGUGGGCACCAGCUACGGCGGGUUUGUGGCGUACCACAUGGCUAGGAUGUGGCCGGAGAGGGUAGAGAAGGUGGUAAUAGCGAGCUCUGGUGCUAACAUGAGGAGAAGCGAUAACGAACAGUUGAUGAGGAAGUCUAAAUUUGAAAAUCUCGGCGAUCUUAUGUUGCCCCGGGAUUCCUCGCAAUUGAGAGCUUUGAUUGGCCUGGCCGUGUUCAGGCAGGGCCGUGUCCAUAUGAUUCCAGACUUUUUCUUGAACGACUUCAUUUCCAAAUUGUACACAGAGAACAGGAGGGAAAAGUUGGAACUUCUCAAGGGAUUGACACUUGGACAAGAUGAAACGGUAAACAUUUCUCCACUCCAACAGGAUGUCUUGUUAAUAUGGGGAGAACACGACAAGAUAUUUCCCUUGGAUAUGGCCAUUCAACUCAAAGAGCUGAUUGGGAAGAAUGUGAAGUUGGAAUCAAUAAAGGAAGCAUCCCAUGUACCCCAAAUUGAAAGACCAAAAAAAUUCAACUAUACUGUCUAUGAUUUUUUGUGUGGCUCUUCAUGAUUUUGUUGCUAUCUAUAUGUAAUGCAGAAUUAUGACUUUUGAUUACAUGGAAUAUUUUUAAAAAUUUGGAAGCGAGCGCUUUACCCUUU